UGAUCUCUUUUUUUUUUUUUUUUUUUUUUAAACUAAUCUUACCACGAAGGCAACAAGUUGUAGCCAAUCGCAGGGAGAGUGGGACAGGCCAUGCUGUCGCUAUCCUAGGAAAAAGCAGCGGGGAGAACAAAAAGUAAAGAAGAAGAGACGAAUUCGAGCUGCAGGAUGGACCUGUCCAGUAGGCUGGCGGUGUGGCAGCAGCUGGCUGAGAGCUGUGGUGUCAGUACAGUCCAGCAGGGCCUGCAGCAGGUCUGGAGGCUGCUGCUGCUCUGCCUCAUCUGCAGACUCUGUUUCAGACUGGGAGGUGUGUCCACUGUGAAACAUGUCGUGUCAGUGUUGGCCGGGAUGUAUGGCCUCUUCCUGUUCUUUGAGCUGCACAUGCUGUGGGUGCUGUUACUCAGUGUGCUCUGUUACCUCGUUCUGCUCCUCAGCCGACACUCCAGCAGCAGAGGCCUCUUCCUCUCGAUCGUCAUCCUCAUCUACCUCCUCAUUGGAGAGUUGCAUUUAAUUGACAUGGUGACCUGGCAUAAGAUAAGAGGCUCUCAGAUGGUGGUGGCCAUGAAGGUCAUCUCUCUGGCCUUCGACCUUGACAGAGGAACAGUGGGCAGCCUGCCCUCCCCAGCUGAGUUCCUGGGCUAUGUUCACUUUGUGGGCACUGUUGUCUUUGGCCCUUGGAUCAGCUUUUCCAGUUAUAAAAACGCCAUUGAGGGCAAAAAAAUGAGCUGGUUGUGGCUGUAUAGUUCCUCCCUCAGCCUGUUGAAGAGCCAGACUUGUCUGCUGGUCUCCACCUGCAUUGCCCCUUACCUCUUCCCUUUGUUAAUCCCCAUCCAUGGAAGUGCAUUCACACAGAAGUGGCUACAUGCUUAUGAGAAUGCAGUAUCCUUCCACUUCAGUAACUACUUUGUGGGCCACCUCAGUGAAGGUACCAGCAUGCUGGCCGGAGCAGGCUUCACUGAAGAAAAAGACAAUAUCAGAUGGGAUAUGAGUGUGGUGAAACCUCUCAGUGUGGAAUUACCUCGCUCCAUGGUGCUGGUAGUGACGUCCUGGAACAUCCCCAUGUCCCGAUGGCUAAAAACCUAUGUCUUUAAAAAUGCCAUGAAACUGGGGACUUUUCCAGCCAUCGUGGUGACAUACACAGCCAGCGCCUUACUGCAUGGUCUGAGCUUUCACCUGGGAGCUGUUCUGCUCUCUUUGGGCUUCAUCACAUAUGUUGAACAUGUUCUGAGAAAGAAGCUUGCAUCCAUCUUCAGUGCCUGUAUCAUGUCCAGGCCCUGCACCUCUGAGUGCAGCCAUCAGCACAAGAAGGAGUAUUGGGUGAUGUUGCUGAACCUGGUUUUCAGCCUCCUGACCAUCUUCCACCUCACCUAUCUGGGCUCCAUGUUUGAUCCUGGGGUUGAUGAACAGGAAGUAGAAGAGGGUUACACAGCCAUCCACACCAUUCAGAGGUGGUCUGAACUGAACUGGGCAAGUCACUGGGUUGUGUUCACCUGCUGGGUCUUCUUCCGUUUAAUUCAGUGACGUCGAAGCAGAAGGCUGGCAGACUUUAAAAAUACUUUAUGUAAUGCUAUGGGUUCGUAAUGUCAGGAUGUUGUCAUCUGAUGGCAACAAAAGGACAACGAUCUGCUCAAGAGGAGAGGACUGUGGGACAGAUGGAGAACUGAGUCUAUAAAUACCUACAGUAUACUGUCUGAGCAGGCUGUGGGAUUGUUAUCGAAAUGAACUGCAGAAAAGGAUCCAAUGAUUUGACUGCACUGACAGUAUGACUGGAAGAAAAAAAUAACACUCUGUGUAAGAUCUAAUGGACCCUGAAAAGGCAUUCAUUUACUCUGACCUGUAGACAGCUGUGUGAAGGCAGGCCAGGUUAACUCUAUCUGGACACAACUACCCUGUACAAUUAGUCCUGAUGGAAUGUCCAGGUCCAAAACAUUUCAACUGUUUAGCAUGCUCAGAUACAUUUAGAUUUUUUUAAGGGUCCAUAACUGUUGUUGUUCAUAUGUUCCUCUGUUACAAUUGAAUCUUUCUUACUGCUG